AACCGCAAAUGUAGCAGCAAGAAUUAAUGGAGAGUGGGUGGGUUGCACUCUUACCAAGACAAUGCAGCCUUAAUUGAUGGACCCCUACUAGCAAGCUGUAUUCCAUUCCAAUUACACAAACACACUUAUUUCACCAUUUUUUUUUGCAUACAACUCAUGGAGUCUCCAAUACUUUUCUUCCUUAUCAUCUUCUUAUUCACCAUCACCAACAAUGCAAUUGUGAUCGAAGCACAAGUUGAUAAAUUUGGUUUAGAACAACUGGUGAGUGAAGAUUUUGAGUUGCCAAUGGCAAUGUCGUCUUUAUACGAAGAAACAGAGGAUGAUGAGAUGCAGUUAGAUGGAAAUGGAAGAUCUCUAUUGUGGCACAAAUUCAAGUACUACAUUUCAUAUGGAGCAUUGUCAGCUAACAGAAUCCCCUGCCCACCACGAUCUGGCAGAUCGUAUUACACGCACCAUUGUUAUCAUGCUACAGGUCCAGCUCACCCUUACACUAGAGGUUGCUCUGCUAUCACUCGUUGCCGUAGAUGAACAAUUCAAUUCAAUUACCAUAUUUAUUGUUUAUGAUUUAUGCAUUAAUUUUAGUUCCUUUAUUUGUGUGAUAUGGCUUGGGAAUUGGGCUUCUUUGUGGUGGAUCUACUACUUAUCCACUGAUGUUUGGUGUUCUCAGAUAGAUGGAAUUAUUAUGUCUUUGUUUAGCCAAAAUUAGCUUCAAUGUAGUUGCAUUGUGUGUGUGUAUACACUCACUCUAAUUUUCCCUUUA